AAAUCGAAUUACUUUAUUUAUUAUGUAUAUAGAUAAAAGUUGAUUUUUUAAGAACGUUAUGAAUAACUUAACAAAUUUCAACAAUUUUUCAAAAUAUUUCAUCAUGAAUUGAUUUUUUUGUUAUCGAUGAACAUUUUGUCUGCAACGACCACGAUGUGAUGUGUGUAAUCAAUUAUUUAUUACCAUUUUAACUUUUUUAACAGCUUAAAAUAAGAAAUACAACCUCACUAAUAUGUGCAAUAUGCAUAUAGAAACGUGUUUAAUUAAAAUAUAUGGGAAUAUUCAUAUCUAUUGCUAGAUAAAUGCAAUAAAAAAGUUGUCCAUCGCCAGGAAAAUAUCCUUCCGCGACGCCAUUUUGUGUAAAUUCGAUUUCAGACAAAUUUGUUUUCAUGACGAAAAUAAUUCGUAAUCUCUGGAAUAUAAAAUUUAUUUUGGUGUGCAAUAUAUUCAUACACUCCUUUGAUUUAUGAACAGAUCACCGAGUUCAUAUCAUAGCAUGGCCCCUGGCUGGUCUGAAGGAUUGGAAGAUUCCAAGAUCAGCAUUUGGCUAAGUUUUAGCCAUAUAUAAAAGGGAAUGCAGGAUGCGCUUUCUCAAGACAUGUUCAAUUUAGGUGGCAUCAGCAGUUCAAGGUGCAAUGGACAUAUCCCGGUUUCAUCUGCUGGUAAAGCUCCCAAAAGGGAUCGCAAGGGUUGCAAGAAAGGGAAGAUUGAAGCAAUUAUGAAAAAUAAUUUAGUGUCUUCAAAGGCUCGUGUUCGUUUACAAACUGCUGCUGUUGUCAAGAAAUUGAAACCAGUUCAGUCAGUUUCAAAUCACAUCAUCAAGCCAGGAACCGUUAUUAAAAGUGAAUAUAUUGACUCUGACGAUCCAUAUACUUUUACAGAAACAGAACCACAAGUGUUAAGCCUUUAUCCUGGAGGCAACAACUUGACUCUGUCGAGAAAGUUAGUUCCUCUAGUGUCCAACAGAUCAAAUCAGCUAGUUGUGAACAAAAGCGGGGUUAACAUGGUGUGCAUGGAUCGGAACUCUGACAUGGGGAAGGUCAAGACGUUAGCUGAACGGUUGACCACUCAAGGUGGCCAGACGAUCGAGCUCCCUUCUAGGCCGUUUAUCAAAGUGAAUAAAGUCGUUCAAAACUUAGAAGGGAGCUCAAAAACAAUGAAUAGAUUGCAAGCUGAUAUUGCGCGCAACAAAAUUAUGGGAAAACGUAAAAAGAUGGUUGUGAACAAUCAAAGUGGCAGUGUUUGGGGAGAGCGAGAUGUGAAGACUGAGCCCAAUGGGCAUGCGAAUUCACCUGUGUUUGCCAAUGUGUCGAUACCAGCAAAGCGUACGCACAGGCAGACAACCUGGCAAAGAGAGCGCAAAUCUAGGCACGAGGCUCUGCAGAGAAUACAACAGACCCAGCAGCGUGCUUGGGAUCUGACCCAUGAUCUCUACCCAUUAGGUAAGUUAAUUCCAGUAAGUUUGUGAAAUAAGUGUUAUGAUAAUUUACAGGGUUCAUUUGAAAACUUCAAACUCGUAUUAAAAUACUUGUAGUAUCAAAAUUCUGGAAACAGGAGUGUAUAGUAUUAAUUGGGGAAACAAAACAAA